CCAACGAGACAGGCUUUACCCGCCAAAACAAACAAAACAAAGGUUUCGAAUAAAUAACCCCACACACCAUACGACUAAAUAAUAUCUCCAAUACAAAGAAACAAAUGGUGCUCUUGAAACCUUCUGCCUUUUCAAAAUCACCUAAGCUCCCUCCUCCACAGCAAGGCGGCUUCUCCGAGUCUCUGAUCAGUGAUACCGUCGAGGCAACCGAUGCUUUCGUACGCCAAUGGGUUUCCCCACACAUCUACGAUCCUUCUUCCACUUCCUGCAGCCUCUCUUCCCUUUUCUCCGCGGAGAACCGCGGAGAAGGAAGACGCUUUCUCGACGUCCUCGCCAAGUUACAAUACGCUAUCCAGAGCGCCGGUCUGGUGAAUCCGGACUCCGCUAAGCUUGCUCAAGCGCGUGAUCUGAUGCGGACGGCUAUGAAGUAUUUGGAGAAGGAGUUUUACCGGGUUUUGAAAUCUAACCGCCGGUUUUUGGAUUCGGAGUCCAUCUCUAGCUGCUCUUUUGACGAGAAAGUAGAUGCUGACGCUAUCGAGGAUUUGAAGAUGAUAGCUAACUGCAUGAUCUCAUCCGGUUACGAGAAAGAUUGUGUUAAGAUAUAUAAGAAACUCAGAAGAAAGAUCAUCGUCGAGGCCUUGUCCCACCUAGGGUUCGAGAAACUAACCUCGGCGCAGAUGCAGAAACUAGAAUGGGAGAUCCUCGAGAAAAAGAUCAAAGGCUGGGUGAGGCUUGCGACAGUCGCAUUCUCCACGCUGUUUAACGGAGAACGAAUCCUCUGCGAUCGGAUCUUCUCUUCCUCCUCUUCAUCCUCAGUAUCCUUAGCCGAGUCAACCUUCGUCGAGAUUACCCUACAGAGCGCGUUGAAGCUCUUCGUCUUCCCGAUAACAGUCGCGAAAUGCAGGAAAACCGCGGAGAAGAUCUUCCCCACGCUCGACGUUUACCAGACGAUCUUGCACGUCGUUCCCAAAAUCGACCAGAUCUUCAGCUACGAUUCAACCGCCUCCGUGCGAUCGCAGGCGGCUGAAUCUUUAGAAAAGCUAGGCGUAUCGGUGAACGCGAUGAUGGUCGAGUUCCAAUCGUCGAUCACGAAAGAGUCCUCGAAAUGGCCGAUCGCAUGUGGCGGAGUCCAUCAGCUCACGAGGUACGUCAUGAACUUCAUAGUCUUUCUCGCGGAUUACAGCGACUCGCUCACCGCCAUUAUCAAGGACAAGGAGUCCUUGUUGCCGUUACCGGAGGAUUACUAUAAUAGUAACAGCAGCAGCAACGAAGAGAAUCCAGAGAACGCUGGUUCUCCGAUGGCGGCGAGGCUAGCGUGGCUGAUACUCGUCCUGCUCUGCAAAAUCGACGCGAAAUCUCGUCUCUACAGCGACGCGGCGCUCUCGUAUCUCUUCCUCGCCAACAACCUCCAUUACGUGCUCAUCAAGGUACGCACGUCCAACCUCCAGGUCGUUCUGGGAGACGACUGGGUGGCGAAUCACGAGGUUAAGGUGACUCAGUACCUCGAGAAGUACGAGAAAAUGGCGUGGGGAGAUGUGAUCACGUCUCUCCCGGGGGUUUCGACGGCGGCUGCGGAGGCGGAGGAGGCUCUGAGGCGGUUCAACAAGGCGUUUGAAGAGGCUUACAAGAAGCAUAAGAAUUGGGUCGUACCCGACCCGAAAUUGAGAGACGAAAUCAAAGCCUCUAUAGCGAGUAAGCUCAUUGCCGGGUAUACGGGUUUCUAUAAGAAGUAUCCGAUCGGGUCAUCGGAUAUUGUCAGAUUUACACCUGAAGACCUCAAUGGUUAUAUAUCCGACUUAUAUGUUGGUCUGAGAGGAUCCGUGUCCAUAUAG